AUGGAAGCUGGACCAACAAAGACUUGGCACUCAGAUACUUAUCCCAGUAUUGAUCCAACUCGACCUUCCCUCUCACUCGCCAAAAAGACCGUAGUGAUCACUGGUGGAGGAUCUGGAAUUGGCCUCGCAAUUGCUCUGUCGUGUGCAAAAGCAGGUGCUUCUCACAUCGCGCUACUAGGACGAAGAAAGCAUAUCCUUGAUCAAGGAAAAGCAGAGAUAGCCGCCGCCGCACCCAGCGUUCACGUUCAUUGCGUGCAAGCAGACAUCAGCAGUGCAAAGGAGAUUGACAAUGCAUUCCAUCAUAUCAAGAACACCGUUGGGCCGGUAGACAUCCUCGUCAACAACGCAGCAUACUUUGCAGGAGCUAGCAACACCCUAACAGUGUCCCCUGAAGACUGGUUCUCAGCAUUCGAUGUCAACGUCAAGGGCAGCCUUCUGACAGCCCAGGCAUUUCUGGACGUUGCAUCGCCAAAUCCAACGAUAGCCAAUAUCAGUACUGCGAUUGCACAUCUCUCACCAGUGUACUUUCCAGGCUUCUCAGCAUACUCGUCCAGCAAGCUUGCAGCCACACAAAUGUUUGCGUACCUCCAGCAUGAGCGCCCGGAUGCUCACAUUGUCUCUAUCCACCCUGGAAGAGUUAUUACCGAAAUGUCUGCAAAGGUAGGCAGAGUUGCCGGAAAGGCAGAGGUGAUUGACACACCCGAGCUACCAGGUGAUUUUACUGUUUGGGCUUUAAGUGACGAGGCUCGUUUUCUUAAAGGAAAACUUGUUUGGGCAAAUUGGGAUGUUGACGAGCUAAAGGCUCAAAAGGACGAUAUCGCAAAUGGCAAUUGGUUGACAAUUUCAAUUCAGGGGUGGCCCUUUCAAGAGCCUACCAAGAGGUUGUAA